CAAGUUGGAAAUCGGGGUCUGUGCGUAAGAGUUUCCCUCCGGUUGUGAAAGGGGUCUCAGAGUCCGCUGGGGCCUAGCAGGCCCCUCCCCUGGGCUACAAGGGUCCGCCUCUCUAUUCCCCAGAUAAAUUCCUAGUGUCCACCAAAUUCCUCAGCGCUCUCUCACACUCCUCUGCGGCCGCGACUCCGGAGGUGGGGAAACAGAGCCGAGUUCCUCCCCGAAGAAGCCCUCUCGGUUCCUUCUCACAACCUCGCGAAGGGGAAAGGGCUGUGAGGCUCAACCAGACCCCCGCUCCAGUCCCCAACCGGCGGUGGCCGCUCCGCACCCCAGUCCCGGGGGCCCGCUGGCCAGGGGCUCGCUGGCGCGCGCGCUCUCCCUUUCGCCUCUCUCUCCCUCAUUCUCGCCCCCAAACAUGUCCACUGGCUCCCUCAGCGAUGUGGAGGAUCUUCAAGAGGUGGAGAUGCUGGACUGUGACGGGCUGAAAAUGGACUCGAGCAAAGAGUUUGUGACUUCCAACGAGAGCACCGAGGAGAGCUCCAACUGCGAGGCGGGGUCACCCCAGAAGGGCCGCGGAGGCCUGGGCAAGAGGAGGAAAGCGCCCACCAAGAAGAGCCCCUUGAGCGGCGUCAGCCAGGAGGGGAAGCAGGUCCAGCGCAACGCGGCCAACGCGCGCGAGCGGGCCCGGAUGCGGGUGCUGAGCAAGGCCUUCUCCAGGCUCAAGACCACCCUGCCCUGGGUGCCCCCGGACACCAAGCUCUCCAAGCUGGACACGCUCCGGCUGGCGUCCAGCUACAUCGCGCACUUGAGGCAGAUCCUGGCUAACGACAAGUACGAGAACGGUUACAUUCACCCGGUCAACCUGACGUGGCCCUUUAUGGUGGCCGGGAAACCCGAGAGUGACCUGAAAGAAGUGGUGACCGCGAGCCGCUUAUGUGGAACCACAGCGUCCUGACCUUGGAGGUGCGAGUCUGGGAAAGGCGCGCUCCCGGGGGGGAGCGGGCCCCGCCCGGGAAGGCGACCCCUGCCCUCCCUUGCUCUCUGUCUCUGCUUCCCCCUCGCAACGUUCCUCUCCCUGCCCCCCUCUCCCCCACCCCCCCGCGAGAACACUUUACAGCGACGAGGAGAUUCGUUUCCAAACCUGAGGAGAUCAAUUGUACUUACAAAGAUUCCCAUCUAUUUAACUUUAUUAACUUCUGCGGUGAAUGACUCUGCGAGCCUUGCUGGUCCAAGUGCAAUAUGUAAUUAUAAAUAUAUAAAUAGAUAAUAAGAGCCUAUCAAUGUGUAUCUUUUGUACCAUAUGUUGUAAAAUGUAGUUCAUAGAAUAACUGACUUUGAUAGUCACAUUUAUAAAGUAAUUCACUUAAAGAUAUAUUUUUUUCAAACAAGUUUUGCUACUUUCGAAAAUAAAUCUUUCUUUAUAUUGCUAAAAGCCCUGAAA